AUGCAGACUGCUUCUACAAACAUUUGUGAAAGACUGUGCAAUAAGUCCAUCCGUGACAUUUCCUUUCUACUAAAUAUUCCACAGUCAACUGAGGUGGUAUUAUAACAAAGUGGAAGCAACUGGGAACAACAGCAACUCAGCCACGAAAUGACAGAGCAGGGUCAGUGCAUGCUGAAGCUCACAGUGCGCAGAACUCACCAACUGUCUGCAGAGUCAAUAGCUAAAGACCUCCAAACUUCAUAUGGCCUUCAGAUUAGCACAAUAACAGUGUGUAGAGAGCUUCUUGGAAUGGGUUUCCAUGGCCAAGCAGCUGCAUCCAAGUCUUACAUCACCAAGUGCAAAGCAAAGCGUCCAAUGCAGUGGUGUAAAGCACACUGCCACUGGACUCUA